AUGUCCAAACGAAUUCAAUCCUUCUUCCAACCCAUUCCUAAGAAACCCAAAGUGGGAACCUCCUCACCUGACCCAUCCCAGCCCUCAGACCCUCUCUAUAUACAACAACAACAUGAACAAAACCAAGAAGAACAACAACCACCACCAACAAACCACCAAACCUACCCAUUCCCAAUCCCCAAUCUCCCCCCAGACCUAUCCAAAUCCCUGACCACCAUCUCCACCACCCUCAAAGCCCCAAAACCCAUAACCAACCAUCCCCACCUGGACCUCCUCUACUUCCAACCUCUCCUCCCACCCCAAACAGCCAAUGCCCUCUUCCACUUCCUCCGCAACUCUCUCCCCUUCUACAAAGUCCAGUAUACAAUCCACCGCGGAAAAACACCCACAAAGAUAACCACUCCGCGCUUCACAACCGUCUUCGGCGUAGACGCCACCUCAAUCUUCACAACAGACCAAGAAAAAACCCUCCACGACGCCAAAACCAACACUCCCAUCCCACCAAGAACAAAAUACAAACAUACACCCCGACCAAUCCCCCCCUGCCUCACGCACCUCCUCCAAACAAUCCAAACCACCACAAACACCCCUCCAGACUACUACAACUUCAUCCUAAUAAACUACUACGCCACAAACACAGACAGCAUAAGCUACCACUCCGACGACGAACGAUUCCUCGGUCCGAAUCCCAGCAUCGCAUCUUUGUCUCUGGGAGCCAAGAGGGACUUUCUCCUGAAACAUAAACCGGGGGUGGAGGCGGGGAAGCCGUUGAAGUUUCCGCUGGCGAGUGGGGAUAUGGUUGUUAUGAGGGGGGAGACGCAGGGGAAUUGGUUACAUAGUAUUCCGAAGAGAGCGGGGGAGGGUGGGGGGAGGAUUAAUGUUACGUUUAGGAGGGCUUUGGUUCCUGGGGGGACGGAGAAUUAUUAUCGGUAUAAUGUUGGGGAUGGGGGAGUUUGGAGGUGGGAUGAGAGGGAGGGGAGGAUGGUUAGUGUUGAUGGAGAGAAGUAG